ACCAGCAACAAUUUGUUUAGCAAUGGCGGACCGACUUUAUUUCAUGUAUUUACACUUUUUUGCAUUUACUUUUGCUGCUAAGUCUGCGCACUGGCUUAACUUUGUGGGAAACCAAUUGACGUAGGAAUGGUGAUUUAAUCUGACCAGACCUACAAUACAUGAACCCUAGCCUAGCUAUUGCUUGCUGAUUCAAAAAAGAUGGAUUUCCGAAUUGGAAGUCUGUUGUUCACCUCCAAAUUUGAUUCUGGUAAUCUCACCAGAGUUGAGAAAGUGACAAGGGAUGAGGAUGAUGAUAACAUGGGUCGCUUAAUGAUGGGUGGAGAGCCACGAUCUGACUAUGAAUUUAAUGUUUGGACCCGCCCCGACUGUGCGGGGACUGAAUAUGAAAAUGGAAAUAGGUCCUGGUUCUACUUUGGUGUCAAAGGAGGUGUUCCAGGACGACUGUUGAAGAUCAAUAUUCAGAAUAUGAAUAAACAAGGCAAACUUUAUGGCCAAGGAUUUGCACCUAUUGUCAAAACAGUACCUGGAAAGCCAAAAUGGGAGCGGAUAAGGGAUAAAGUCACAUUUGAGGUUGUUGAUACUCAGUUCAUAUUAUCGUUUGUCCAUCGUUUUGCUGAUUUCCGCGGGUCGACGACUUACUUUGCCUUCUGUUACCCAUGGUCCUAUGCCGAGUGUCAAGAUAGGCUUGGUGAACUUGAUGUCAGAUUUGAAAAAUGCUGGAAAUUGUCAUCGAAAAGCCCUCCAGAAUCAAUCUAUUACCACCGUGAGCUGAUGUGCUACAGCCAGGAGAAGCUACGCAUAGAUCUGAUCACAAUCUCAUCCUGCCAUGGUAUCUGUGACGAGGAAGAACCCAAGUUUGAUCCAAAACUCUUCCCUGACACGCAAGCAAAAAGGUGCAAGAAGUUUAGUGGGAAAAGGGUGUAUGUGUUGACCAGUCGAGUUCACCCUGGCGAGACCCCAGCAAGCCAUGUCUUCAACGGUUUCCUUGAUUUCAUCCUACGGGAAAAUGAUGCACGUGCUGUCCGCCUACGACAGCUAUACGUUUUCAAAAUGAUUCCUAUUCUAAAUCCAGAUGGCGUAAUGAUGGGACAUUAUCGAACAGAUACGAGAGGCGUAAAUCUAAAUCGGGUGUACCUAGAUCCUGACUUUAGGUACUAUCCAUCGAUUUAUGCCGCAAAAGCUUUACUGGCGUAUCACCAUGUUCACAAUCGCGUAAUCAAACCGGCCACCCCUCCACCAGAUCCUACCGGUGCAUCGCAGGAGAAUGAGGCCAGUGCUAACUUUGAAGGUGCUAAUACUCGUGAUCAAAGGGUUAUCAGAUCAAACAGUCUGCAGCAGCCUCGGUACAAAAACCAGAAUCAACGUGUCCAGGGUCCUGGGCAACGAUACCCAGCCCGAAACCGGACCAUAAACAUUGUACACAGAGACAACAUAGAUAAUAAAGCUGUGAAAACAAAUCAAGGUGACAGUUGUUCGAGUUCGGAACAAGCGAAAAACGGCGUCCAUGUUUUUACAGAGAAUGCAAAAAGACAUCCGGAUGCGGUUAUAUGUGCGUCUGCUAUGUCGUCUGCAUGUUCAGUUGAUAAAGCAUCCGAGGUGAUAUCACACGGUGUUCCUGUUGGUGGUAAUGCUGAAAUGGUGGAAGAGGAAUUGCUUCCUAUUUUUCAAACAAUUGACAUUGGCUUGGAGAAGGACCUACGCUUGGAUAUCAAUCAAGGGGACUAUGAGGAAGAAAUGGCUGAAAUUGGACCGGAGCAAGCCCAUUCUUUCUAUAACGUUGCUAAUGAUGUGAAUUCAAUGUUAGGCAAUUUUCAGGAUGAUGAUCCAGAAUUAGAUGCGAUAACGGAUAAUCUCGGAAACGAAGGAUCUGAUGACGAUGAUGGUGGAUUCGUUCCCAAAAUGGAUGGGAUCCCAAAGGCACCUCAUCUAGCUGAUCCGAAGUUUCUGGAAAUCCCUCCAAAUGAAAGUGGUAUUGCAUUCUAUGUAGAUCUCCAUGGCCAUGCUUCUAAACGGGGGUGCUUUAUCUACGGAAAUUACCAUGAAAAUGAGGAAACCAUGAUUGACUGCAUGCUGUUCCCAAAACUGAUAGCCAUGAACACUGCCCAUUUUGACUUUACUGGCUGUAACUUCAGUUUGAAGAACAUGUACACCAAAGAUAAGAGAGAUGGUAUGACGAAGGAGGGGAGUGGAAGGGUGGCCAUCUUUAAAGCCAUUGGCAUCACACACAGUUACACCCUAGAAUGUAACUACAACACUGGACGAAUGGUGAAUUCUGUCCCUCCUGCCAGUGGCGAUGAUGGACGAGCCACUCCGCCACCUCUUGCAGGAUUCCCUCCAAAAUACACAAUGGCUCAUUACGAAGAUGUAGGAAAAGCCUUAGCAGUAGCGGCUCUGGACAUCACGGAGACGAACCCAUGGUGUAGGAUUGUAAAUUCGGAGUACAAUCAUCUGCAUGGUGUGAGAGAAUGGGUCAGGCGGUACAUCAGGAGUUGGAAAGGCGGUCCGAGGGGCAUCCGACAAAUGCCUAGGAUGCCUGUGGUCACAAAUAAACAAACAUCUGCACAGUCAGGCCAGUCCACCUCAUCUGUCUCCGGCAAUUCCACUGCAACCACCCGUGGCAGUUCGAAUCGCUUUGCCUUUGGUUCAAGUUCUGAUAGCAGUUCAUCCAACUCAAACCCUAAUGCGUAUAGGAAUACCAGUGUGUACAGGAGGCCCCCGGCAGCUCCACCCGUAAGGAAAGAACUUGGGCCAAUUAAAGAUGUGAGCCACAAAUCUGUGCCAACAGUGGGUCCUUCCAACGCAUCAACCAGAGCCCAACGUAGAAUGACCUUGCCAGCAUGUGGCAACAACUCAAGCGUAAACAACCACCAGCAACGCCAAUCCAAAACUCCACCACCUGGUCAAAUUCCUCUCACACCAGAAAACAAACAAAAACUGACAUCGUCUGAAUUCAAACUUCCACUACGCCUCGCCACUGCUACCGACUUCAAAUCACUUGGGGAAGCUGUGUCCGAUUAUAAAUUUACUCGGACAUAUCUGCACCAAGAAAAAAGUAUUCUGUCCAAAGAUGCUGCUGACAAAACGUUCUCCAUGACGCAUAUUAGGAAUACUAGUUCUUCACCUGCUGAUGUCGGGACGUUAGUGACAGAGGAAGAGAAAGUGCAACAGCUGAAAAAUCUAAGUGGCAAACGAAAGCCACCAAAACGCCUUGAUGGAGCAAAACCCAUUGAACCACCAAAAUCUGAUCCGCCAAAGAGACGUGUCCUCAAAUUGAAGAACCAGCGACGGAGUUCAUCACACAGUCCAAAGAGUGCCAAAGGUACGAGGGGUAAAAAUAGUAGCGGCACUGACAGCGAUGUCGAAAAGAAGCGAUACCGGAGACGUCGGUUCUCGAAAAAGCAGACGAAUUUGAAAGACAAUGAAGAAGAAACAGGAGAUGAAUUGAAGACACUGAUGAAUUCUGUUGGAGUCACCAGGCUUAAAUUAUCACCAAGACCAACUGGCACUACUGUUCCAGAGAUCCAUUCCUCCAACCCAAGAUCUUCUAGUCCUAUCGGCAGAUUGAGGUUGUCGACAACUAAUGAAAACACAAGCUCGAGUGACUUAAUCUCCACUGAGCUGAUAGACCUGCAUUCAAAUGCUCCACCAGGAUCCAGGGCUUUGAAGAGCAAUAUCUACUGGGUGGACUUGUAAUAGCCGACCCCCGAUGAUCUAGGAUCAAUUUUCGCUGUAACUAGAAUUGUCCAAUCUGCAACAGGAAAGACAUUCUUUGAAAGAGAAACUGUACCUGUUGAUGAAGUACUGGUACCACAGAAGUGGUCCUUGGCCAUUGUCCGAUGGGGAGGAUGGGGGGGGGGAGAGGGCCGUGGAAGGCUUUUAUAUGACUUAGUUUGUUUUACAAAGAAUUCUCUGAGUUCGCCAUGGUAAACAUUAGGUUGAAAACAAAAGCAUUUAUUUUCUGUUCUCGAGAAAACUUUCUAUUAGUGAAGUUUUCCAUUUUUGUAGACUUAUGUGGGAGUAACUAAUAUCAUUUUGAUGUUCUGAAAUGUUCAUACUUUCAUUUGUACUUAAUGGGAUAAUUCACUCUGCAGUAUUUAAAACAGUUGCAGUAUUUAUCCUUUCUGUUUAAUGGCUUAUUAUAUCUACAUUUUUAUAUCAAACAACUCGAAGGUUGCCUGCCAUAUUGAAGUGGCUAGUUGGGUUCCUAUUGCUAUUGUGUUUGUAACCUCUUCAAUCUGUGCCAUUCUUUAUUUAUCUGAAUUGAUUGGAAUUUUAGAUAGUGAGCAUGGUAUGUUCAUAUUGGAUUUUAUUUAGAUCUGUGAUAGAAAUAUUUAUAGCAGCAUUAGGAAAGCUGCUGCCGCCUCUUUGGGGUAUUUAGAUUAGUUCAAUCUAAAAUUUCUGUUGUAAUUUUUGGCAGUGCUCUGAUCUCAACGAAAUUCUAAUUGGCAAAGUUUGUUUAUUUUGAGCAUGCAAACCUUUUUUCAUCUCAGUCAAGUCUUAUCAAAGUUUACUUGAGAUGACUUCAAACCGGAUUGUACAUUGCACUGUAUCGUAUGUUCACGAAAUGUUGGCAUGGAAUAAGCUGUAUAUAAUUGAAAUUGAACGAGAAAAGAAUGAUGCUUUAUUUAUUGGCAGUCCCAAGCUAGACUGAGGCAGUUCUACAUUUGUGUGAUUUAGGUAUAAGGUAAAUCUGCCUAAGUCCCAAGCUAGACUGAGGCAGUUCUACAUUUGUUUGAUUUAGGCAUAAGGUAAAUCUGCCUAAGUCCCAAGCUAGACUGAGGCAGUUCUACAUUUGUGUGAUUUAGGUAUAAGGUAAAUCUGCCUAAGUCCCAAGCUAGACUGGGGCAGUUCUACAUUUGUUUGAUUUAGGCAUAAGGUAAAUCUGCCUAAGUCCCAAGCUAGACUGAGGCUGUUCUACAUUUGUGUGAUUUAGGUAUAAGGUAAAUCUGCCUAAGUCCCAAGCUAGACUGGGGCAGUUCUACAUUUGUGUGAUUUAGGUAUAAGGUAAAUCUGCCUAAGUCCCAAGCUAGACUAAGGCAGUUCUACAUUUGUUUGAUUUAGGUAUAAGGUAAAUCUGCCUAAGUCCCAAGCUAGACUAAGGCAGUUCUACAUUUGUUUGAUUUAGGCAUAAGGUAAAUCUGCCUAAGUCCCAAGCUUGACUGAGGCAGUUUUACAUUUGUUUCAUUAGGUAUAAGGUAAUUUAGGCAUAAUGUUAUUCCAUUGACCUUCCUACAUACCAGACAAAGGAAAGGGCAAAAACUUUUUUUAAAAGAGUUUUCCAACUUACCACUUGAGAGUUUGUCUCCAAUCGAAGAAAUAACUGCAUUAAUUGAGAGGUUUUUCUUGAUUGUGCUAUUUUCAUAUUGUUAUAUAAAGGCUCUAGCGUGAACACGGCUAUAGACCUAUUACACAUACGUAAGACUGAUAAUUGAUGUGUGAUUUAGAUGAGCUGUUUUUAUUUUCUAACAUUUGAGAUACCCAGUUAUUUGUAAAAGAGAGAAUUAGAUUGGUACACAAAAAAUAUUGUACAUGAACAUUUUCAAUGAUGAAACAUGUAUUUUUAUAGUACAGAUUGUGUAUAUUCUCAACCACUGACUUUUGUAAUUGUAUGCAAAAAAUGUCCUGCCUUCACUUUAUCUAAACCACAACACUUGUAUGAAUACUUAUACUACCCCACAAAGAAUGUAAAACAUUUGUAUCAUAAAUUCUUUUAACUAUAACACAUACUUGUCACAAAAUUAGACUAUUUUUAUAAAUACCAGUAUAGUUAUGUGUGUGAUUUUACUUUAGUUUAUAGAAUAAGACGAAAUCCUGUAUGACUUGUUUUCAUUUCUGCUGGUUUGUUUUAUUUACACCUGGUUUAUUUUUUAAUGUCACAGAAAUAAAAUAUUUUCAACAAAAUGUUGCAUUCAUUGAUCUCUUAUUCUGUAUCAUCUUGACCCGCAAUGUUUUGAGAGCGCUCAAAGUCACUCACCCGAAAUGGUGAGAGUCAGGAUGAUUCUAUAUGGGAGCGAGAUAUUUAUCAGGAACUGGUUGUGACUUUGUCUCCAUU